CCAUCUCGUCAGUGGGAGUGGGAGUGAGUGAGAGUGAGAGAGUGCGCCUGUUUGCAUUCAGUCGAUGGAAGUGUGAUGUCUGUCUUUGUCUGCUGGCUUUGGGGGUCUUUUGUUCGCGGAGGGUGCUGCUAUAGGGGAGAUGAGCUGGCACUUGGGAUAACUCUCACUCUUGGAGAUUGUUGGCUUGUUUUUUCAGGUUGCGUUUGAGGAUAGCGGAGGCAGUGGAUACGGUGCUGUUGUUGUUGUGGACUGGCUUGGACAUGGAUGGUGCAGGAUUGGACGGGGAGUGAGUGAGUGAGUGAGUGAGUGAUGCGUUUGUGGGUUACCUUGUGGUGUUGCAUUCUUCGUGGGGCUAUGGAUUGGUAACGCUCACGAACCUCUGGGAGUUGGGGGAGUGGUUGACCGAUUUGGUUGUGCAUGCUCCGGAAUGAGAGGUAGCAGUAGGGUUUGAGGGUCCAAUCCCCACUUGGGUUGUCGUGCAGCAGUGGCUGAAGUUCGGGCUGGGGGAGGGGUCGCUGAAUUCGGCUAGAGGCGGGGCCUUGGUGGGGGAGGAUUUCAACGUCUGGUUAGUCGAUGUAUCCCAGAUGUAUUGAUCGUCUUUUCAGAGCGCCUUGAGAUUGACGCUAGGCUAUUGUGUGCCCCUCGUGGUUGUUUUGUUGUGUGUUUAGUGCUUAUGAAUUUUGAAGUAAGGGGACUCGGUAUUGUGAGAUCUGAUAGCUUAUCUAAUGGAAGGGUCCCAAUGAGCUGCGCUGUGGGCAUCAUGUAUAGGAGAUUGUACUCCAGCAUCCGUGACGGAUAAGAUUUUCCUUGGACAACAAAGUGUACAAACAACGUCAAUCACUUGAGCCACACUUUUAAGGAGGUAUCGAUCGAGGUCUAGGUUCUUGGUGGGUUGUAAGUGGGUUCGAUUGUUUUGCCCCACACACUCCAGGAAUGAAGAUGCUGUGCCAGUGUGGGCAUUCCUGCAACGGCAUAGGUUUGAAGAUGUAGAGAACAGUAAGAAGCUUAUUUUUAUCUAAAUAUGCCGAGACUUGCACAAUCAGAUGCAAGUUCCGCAUUAAACAGAGGUCUUGUCUUCUAUUUGAUUCUGCUUCGAAGUGGCCAGGAGUAGGGUGAUACUAUUUCUUCCCUUGUACUCAAGCUCCAUUGUUUCGAACUUGAACUCCAAGCGAACUUGAUUAAUUUGAUCCACUUUGUAGAUGCCAUUUUCAAUAUCUUCGUCAUCCAAGUGAGAAUAACUAGAGGGCGCUGUCAUUGGGGUUUGAGGAGUGGGGACUGGACCGGUUAUGGCUGCUAACGCAGAGGAUGAGUAUGCUUCGCGGAACAAUGAGGCGAAGCCAGGAGGAUCAUGGGCUGCGGUCCCCCCCAUUAUGCACAGCUGGUGCUUGCAGCCCGAUCAACCAGCUAGUGGGUCCGAGUCUGCCCAGAAUCACAGCAGUUCCAGAUUGACAAAUGACAUGGAUGAUGACUGUGGGUUUGAUCUGAAUUUGGGUUUGUCAUUGGGAGGAGGUGGAAGCGGCAAUAAGAAUAAUAAACCGAAGCAGAGGGAGAAGGAUAUACUUCUGGACAGAGAUGCGUUCCGGGAGGACUGUUUCAGGGCUGCGGCCGGGGAGCUUGGGAAUGAGGGUGGCGUUGCUAAGGGCCUGAAUGGCGAGGAGACAUCGUAUGGUGGUGGGGUGGUCUUCAAAUCCUUGAAGAAUGAGCAAGACGGAACGAGCCAGUCACUCUGGCAGGAUUUGGAUCGAUCAAGGAACGACACGAAGGAGAAUGGGCUCGGUGGGCCUUUGCAUGGUUGCCAAGGUUCCUUACCCCAACAGCCGGAUUGGCUAGCGGGGGAAAGCUCUAUAGCGGAGGACUCGAAGACGUUCGCCCUGCACAUGUGGCAGGCGCUGCAAGGGAAGUCAUCUCAGCCGGAGCACCAACGCGUGCCUCUGAGUGCCCAAGAUGAAGCCAGCUUGAUCAAGGAGCUGCAGGGACUUCCUCCUCAGGCGGUGGCGACUGCGGCGGCAUGGGCGCGCAUGGUUGCUCGAGGUGGAUUCCCAAUGCAAUUUUUCGAUGCAAUCAAAGAAGGAGUGGAUCCGGCGACUAGAGGCGGGGAUUUGCAACGUUCGUUAUCUAUGAAAUCGUUCAGUUCCGGUUCUCACUCGGAGAUAGUACCGAUUCCAUCUCCUCCAAUGUCGCAGCAAACGGCAGCUCCAACCGGUAAUUUGGAAAGGAGCGAUUCGGACGUGAGCAAGAACAUGCAGAUAGACCAACAACAGCGGCAUGUGGCCAUAAUUCAGCAGCAACGGAAGAGAGAGUUGCAGACUCAGAAAAGGCAAGAGGCGCGGCGGAAGAGGAAAACGCUCCUGGAGGGGCAGAAGUCGAAGAAGGCUAAGAAGGAGGGCGAGAGGGCGGGGUCUAGUGGUCCUUGUGGUGGAAGCGGCGGUAAAUCUGGGUUGGAGGCACCGCCCAGUGGGUUGAGAAGGACGACUUCGCUGCAGCCAUCGUCCGGGAUGUGUAAGCAGAGUUCGAAAUCUGCAGUUUCGUCUCCACUGGAGAGCCAGGAAGCGUCACAGCAUGGCGGUGCUUCUAGUUUGACCGCAUUCCGCAGACUCGGAAGCAGUGCGUGGAUGAAUUACAAUUGGGAAGGUACCUCUGGGAUGGCAGGAAUGGCUGGAGCUCCAGUCCAAGCCAAGGUAGAGGCAAUGCACGCAACAGGAGGAGGGGAUGGGAGAGUGGAAUCGGGCGAGCAAGUAUCGGAAAUCCAGCUUGCACUGGAGAAAACGAGGGAUAGGGGCUCUAGGGAGAACAGUGGGAGUGGAGUUCAUGUGGAGUCUAGCAGCGAGAAUGGGAAAGUGAGCUUUGGAUCGCCGGAUGUGGUUCAGAUGCAGAAGCUGGAUCUGGAUGCGAAUGGCGGAGGUAGGUAUCCAGCAAAUGUUUCGGGUAGCAGGGAGAUAAAUAGUCACCAACUGGCUGCGAAAAUGGAGAACAGGGAAAACGCAGACAAGGUUUCGUCAGGCUUUCCUGGGAUGCCAAGAAGAGGUGAUGGAGGAGUAGAUGGACCGGCUGCCACUGCAGUAGGAAAGGCAGAGAAGGGCGCGAAGACGAGCAGUGCUUCGAGCCAGACAAGCUCCGAUGGGACCGAGAUAUCAGAUGGGAAGGACGAGAACACGAAUACCGGGUUAAGGAUUGAUCAGAGGAACGCGGAAAUGCAUUCCACCCCAGUGGGAAGCAAUACGCCUGAAGAGGGUCGAGGCCACGAGGCGAAUGCUUUCAUGCUUCCCGCGAGCAAUGCGAUGGCAUUGGCUAACUUGUCAUUUUCAGCAGGCGGAGGGUUUCCAAUGAUGCCAGGCUCAUUUCCGUUUCCAAUUUCGGUGCCAGCCGGAGGUGGUGCGGGUGGUUUGCCGUUCAGCAUGCCCUUUCCAUUUCCAUAUCUGAUGCAGUUUACGCCCGGUCCUCCAAAUGGAGGGGAUGGGAACCAAGAGCAACGGUGCUACCCAGGGAUGCCGAGCCCAUUUCAGAUUGCAUUGCCUCCAGGUUAUCCACCUUUUCAGAUCCAGCCUCCCGAGGGGGCUGCAGCGUGGCCAGGUGCGAUGGUGCGGCCGCACGCCACUCUCCCUGAGACUUCACCUCGGAGCAGUGCAGGGAAGUGUGGGCAGGCGACAUCGGUUCGUGAGGAGGAGCAUGGUGCUCGAGGUGCUCCGAAAGGCAGCGAGCGUAGAAGUAGAAAUACGUCCCCAGCCAAGGAGUCUGUUUUGCAGGGUCUGGCGAAAACCAAGUCGAUGAGCAGUGGAGCGUUGAACAGGCUGCGUCCCAUUGCAUCCUCGAAUCCGUCACCUCUGGUCCCUCAGUUUGGGCUCUCCCGAUCGAAGUCGGAUGCAGUUGGAAUAAAAAAAGAAGGUUUAGUAGGGAUUACAGUGGCGAGUCUUGGGGUGGAGGCGUAUCCAGGCGGGAGCAACGGACAAGCCAAUGAGCUGGGUGUGCAAAGUGGAUCGAAGGCGUCUUCCAGGGGUGGGUUGGUACCUCGGGCAGAGGCUGCUGGACCUCGAGGAGUGGCAGGUGCAGGUGACGAUGCUGCGCCUUCGGGUGGUUUUCGUCCGGGUGGAUUAGGAUCCACGGGUCAGUUGGAGGUGCCUGCAGCUCAGAUUACAAUUGGAGCAGACGAGGAUGUGAAGAGACCUUACCCCAUCAGCAUGUGGAGGCAGGGGUCUCUGCCGAGCUUAGAUGGUAUGGGAGGGCAUGAGGCAUUGAGUUUGCAGGCAGGUAUUGCCGCCGGGCAACAGUUCGGAGGCACUGGGUCUACACCAGAUCUGCCGUGGGUGACUUGCAAUGGCACGAUAUCGGGCGUUCUUUACAGAGUGGAGAAGGGUCAAGUUCGGAUCGUUUGUGCUUGCCACGGGCGCCACAUGACCCCUGCCGAAUUUGUGCAGCACGCGGGAUGCGGGGAGAUACCAAAUCCUGAGAAGGCAAUCGUGAUGUCGCAACAACCUGCCCCAGCGCAGGCGUAGUCUGUACAUAGGGCCGCACCCGAGUGAAGUUGUAAGCAUAUGCAUCGAUUGGUGACAACGAAGUGUUUGUGCGGAGGAUAACUGGAUGACCGAAUUGCGGUUUGUCGGGAAUGCACGGGCAGUCGCAUUCUUUCCCAACACCUCGAAGAGGUACUUUUAUAACAGAGUGACACUAUCCCAAGGUUGUCAUCUCAGCUGAAGUGCACUUGAGUCGUGCAACUUUGGCGUUCAUGGUGAGAGUGAAGCUGAUCGGUUCUGUUGGUUGAAAUUGGGCUGCUGCACGAAUUGUGCUAAUUUUUUGUCGAUAAUCCUUGUGUUUGUAACUUGAAGGCUGUUGACGAGAGUUGUGUUUGAAGGGUUUAGGGAUUUGUGGGUUAUCAUAUUUUGGUCUUCGAUGAGCUUUUUCCACAGUACAGAUGUGCUGUGGAUGGACGUCCAUCCACGGAGGAAGUUGGACACGGGUUCACUGCCCAUUACCCCCACCAGCUCUCAGAAAACCUUGCAUUGCAGAACGUUGUUUCAAUGCUCCUCUCUGAAUACCGUCCUACGGAAAGGCCAGAUAAAAUAGAUGAGUGAUUCACUCUACGAAACUCGCUGAUUGUUCCAAGUGCGAGAUCUGCUUCUCAGGUCAUUACAUCGACAUGAAAUGCACUAUUGUGGCAAUCACAACAGCUGAAUAUUUUUGCUGA